AUGACCAGGGCGUACAGGCUGCUUGCAAAAUAUAGGUCUUCUGAGGGUGAAAUGCAUCAGAAUCUGGGCAUGACUUGGUCCUUUACAGAACGAGGCUCAAAAGGACAUCUUGACCUCACUGAGUUAAUAGGAGUUCCUCUUCCUCCUUCUGUCUACUUCGUUACCGGCUAUGGAGGGUUUCCUGCUUACAGCUUUGGUCCAGGUGCUAACAUCGGUCGAUUGACAAGUGCCAUAAUACCAUCACCUCUUUAUAGAGAUUUUGCUGUCGUCGUUACAGUGAAACCAAACAGUGAUCGUGGAGGAGUGCUAUUUGCAAUAACAGAUGCCUUCCAGAAAACUAUUUACCUGGGAAUAAGACUUUCAUCAGUUGAUGACAACACCCAGAGAAUAAUUAUGUACCACACAGAGCCUGGUUCCCAUAUCUCCCGAGAGGCUGCUUCAUUUAAAGUGCCAGUCAUGACUAACAGGUGGAAUAGGUUUACAGUGACUGUUCAGGGCAAUGGUGUUGCUUUGUUCAUGGACUGCGAAGAAUAUCAGAGAGUUCAGUUUCAAAGGUCAGAUCGAGCCUUGGUAUUUGAAUCUGGCUCUGGGAUAUUUGUUGGUAAUGCAGGGGCCACAGGAUUGGAAAAGUUCACACUCCUUGAAGAGAAGUCACUGGACAGAGAAGUAUUCUGUGUCUGUCUAGAGAUAAAGACUAAAUCUGUCUGCUUCUUCAGGCGCUUUUCUACAGAAAAUAUAGAAGCAGAGAAACAAAAUACACAGUUGGCAAAACAGGAACAGGGCUCAAUUCAACAUCUGACAAUCAAAUCUGACCCAAAGUCUACUGAAGAUCAUUGUGAAGAUGAUGAUCCUUAUGCUUCAGGUGACAACAGUGGCAAUGGCAGCAUUCAAGAAGUUGGAGGUAUUUCUGAGACACAAGAAAUCCUUGAACCUUCUCAUCUUCCCGUAAGGGGCCAGAGAGGUCAGGAAGGAGAGGGUGGGUCCACAGGAUCUCUAGGAAGGCCAGGAGAAGAAGAUGUGGAGAAAAAAGAUCAAGGACCUCCUGGACCUCCAGGGAAACUUGGACAACAUGGUCAGCCCGGCAAAAAUGGACUUCAAGGCUCGCCAGGACUGAAAGGAAAAGCAGGCCUAAAAGGUGAAAAGGGCGAUCCUGGUGAGGGAUUGCCAGGACCCCCUGGACCACCAGGACCCGCAGGACCAUCUGCUCCUUCCAGAGGAUUAAAUAGACUGGACCCUGAAGAAUCAGGUUCUGGAGACAUUGAUAGAGAAAUUGAGAUUUUAAGAGGUCCUCCUGGGCCACCAGGUCCUCCUGGCCUGCCUGGUCUUCCAGGAAAGCCUGCACCCGAUUCAAGUGUAGGACCUCCAGGGUCACUAGGGGAAGAUGGAGCUUCUGGUGAAUCAGGCCCUGAGGGUCCUCAAGGUCCGCCUGGUCUUGAUGGAGUGGCUGGCCCACCAGGACGCAAGGGAGAAAAGGGUGAUAAAGGUCUUCCUGGUUCUGUUGGUCCAAAGGGUGAUACUGGAGACACUGGAUCAAUAGGCCCUAAAGGAGAAGCUGGUGCUAUUGGGUCUCCUGGGAAACCUGGACCACCAGGACCUCCUGGCCCCCCUGGACCUCCUGGACCUCCUGGACCCCCAGGACUGAGCUACAGUUUGGGAUUUGAGGACAUGGAAGGAUCAGGUAGCACUGACCCAUUAAGUGAAUCCAGAAUUCCAGGAUCAAGAGGGCCAAAGGGAGAAGGAGGCAACAUUGGUCCACCAGGUUCAAAG